GGAAAAAAGCUCUGCAAAUAAAGGAAAAAUUCAGAUAAUAUUUACAAUAUUAGCUUGUGUUGUAAAUCAUACAGCAAAUCACAAAUGAAUUUUUUGUGUCGUUAAAUGCAUGGUUGUAAUAAUUAAUGAAGGAAAUCCACAAAAUAUAACAGAUUUCAAGGUAAGCUUAAAGCUUGCAUCCGCAGAAUGCCUCAGUUUACCUUUACCAAUAGACUAAUGGAAAAGGCAUUAAGGAAGGCCUUCCUAGAUGGAGUUAUGGAGAUUUAUGAAUCUUCGCAUGAGCCAAGAAUUUACAGUAUUACUUUGGAAGGAUCUUUGAGUCUUUUGAUCAACAAAUCAGAAAAGUAUUACAUCAAAAUACAGGAAACAGCAGAAAGAGCAAAAAAUGUUGAACAGAGCCUAAUAACUAAACCUAUCCUUGAAAAUGUUCCACAAAUUCUAUCAUACAGUGUAAGAAAUCAGUCUGUUAGUAAUUCUUCCAAUGAAUCUUCAUCGAACAUGUUGAACUCACCUGUAGACAGUCAUUCAGACAUGGCAGGGACUGAACCAGAUGAUGAAACUUAUUCAACUUACGCCUCGAACACUACCUCCUUGUCAAUUCCUACCACUAGAACACCAAUGAUAACUUAUACUGCUAAAGUGCAACAAAGAGCUCCAUCAAAAUCAUCAAUGUCCACAUCUACAACUGAUUCAACAACAACAAUGGUCACACCGAUAAUUACGGAAAUCAAGUCCCUCAAUGAAAAAUUAAAGAAUUCAGAAACACCUAUGGAAUCGCAGAAUGUUAAAGCAUCUGUGUCAGCUUCAAUUAGAGUUGAACCAGUUGAUGAAGGUGAAGAAAAUAUGGAUGAAGAUGUAUUGGUUGUUCACCCUGACUGGAUAGAAACACCUAAAUCAAGUGGAGUAAAGAGAGAAAGAGAGGAAGUUAAUAAAAAUGGUCAUACAUCAAAGAAGAUCUGCACUAAUGCAUGCGGAAGCAUAAAUGACGAUAUUCCAUCACCCAAGAGUCUUAAUGAAAGAUUUCAUUUCCAUAGAAAUGUUGUUGAAUGCCCAUUAUGUAAUGAACCAAUAUCUAAUCAAACAUUUCUUCUGCUUCAUCUCGAUAGACAUAGAAAAGAGUUUGUUGAAGAAUGUCCUGUUUGUAAACAAGGAGGACAACCCCUAGAUGUACUUCUUUUCCAUUUAACUAACUUUCACUUAACCACCCCAUCAGCUAAGCCACCUCAUUUGCACUUAGCUACAACAAGUGGGAAUGAUUCACGUUUGAGAAUAGAUCCUUCUAAAAUGGUACAGCUUAUGUUGGAUCAUGAGAAUGCCAAAUCGUCUACUAUUGGUGGUAAGGAUGUGGAGAAGGAAGAAGAGGAUGAUGGUGAAUUUCAGAUUGAAUAUGUUUGUGACUUGUGCGGAGAUAGCUUUAACUCUGGGAAUGAUUUAAAUAUUCAUAACAAAUCUAUUCAUGGAGAUGAUGCAAGUGAAGAUUUUAGAUGCUGCGAAUGUAAUGUAAAAUUUCAGAACAUGUUUUUAUUUCAAGACCACAUGCUAGAUCACCAUAAAGCGGAAGAAAAAUAUAGAUGCGAAACUUGUGGAGAUGAAUUUGUUAAGUCAGAAAAACUCAAAGAGCAUAUAAAAUUGGCUCACACAAUAUCUUACAACUGUUCUCAUUGUAAGAAGCUGUUUAAAGAUAAUAAGAGUUUGAUAGAGCAUGAAAAAACACAUGCUUUAUUUGUGUGUGACUUGUGCGAUGCACCAUUCACAUCUACUAGAGCAUACAAUGCUCACCGACGUUCUCAUGUUGAUGCCAAACCACACGUUUGCCAUAUAUGUCAAUCCACGUUUUUGAAAAAAGGAGAUAUGGCGAAACAUAUGCGUACGAUCCAUGAACCCAAAAAACUUUAUAUGUGUAAGGUAUGUGGUAGAACAGGUACAAGGUCUGACAACAUGCGUGUCCAUGUACGUACUCAUAAAAAGGGAUACAGUCGAGAAAUGGUUGACUCACUUCUACAGAGAGUAGAUCAGUAAAUAUGAACAUAUUAUAUAGUGUACUGAUCAACUUAGUAGUCAAGAGGUUGAGUAGUGUUUUAAAAAAAACUGGUGCACCUAUUACAGAUUUUAUUGUUUUAAACAAUCUUUUAUUUGAAUUUAUUUAUAAGCUUUUAUGUACUACCUUUCUACCAGAUAUGAUAUUUGUGCAAAGUGCCAGUGGUUGUUUUGUUAGUGAAUCAGAUAGCUGUCAGUUAUAUCAUCCUCUUUAUUACUCACUGCCAGUAUACAGGGUAUUAUAUAAUCUUGUUAAAUAUGAACUCGUAGUCAUUUAUUUUAAUUUUUUUAUUGUAUCGUCCUAUAUUUCAACAUCAUAGCCUGUCUUAACCAUACAAAAUAACAUCAUUGUUAACAGAUCGUACUGAAAAUGACUGAAUAUAAAGGAUUGAAAUAGAUACUGUUUAGUUUGUAGCUGAAUGACAGCACUCCUUAUGAAUCAUUUGUUGGCAGUUAUUCCUCACUGAAGAAUUAGUGAUGGAUUAUCAUAGGUUUAUAUUUUGAUCUGCAGCAAAUUCAAUUGUUUUAAAAGAACGGUAUGAGUUUUUCUUGUAACUAAAUCUGAUUAUUAUUACUGUUUUGUCAAAUUUUCAUAGAUCUUUUCAAGACUACUAUUGUAAAUAAGUUUUUUAAAGUUAGGUUUUAUAUCUGAACAAAGUAAAUUUUCCUUUUAUUGAAAAAAAACUGAAUGUGAAAUGACACAGUGAAGAAUAACUUCAUUUUGCCAUGAGAAUGAUAAAUGUUAGGUUUUAUAUUUGAGCAAAGUAAAUUUUUCUUUUAUUGAGAAAAGAUUAAAUGAUUUUCUUGUCUUUCCUGUGCGAUACAGUGAAGAAUAUUUUCAUUUUGCCAUGAGAAUGAUAAAUGUUAGUGUAUUGUUGUUUAUGUGUGAUACAUGUUUAUGAAGAUUAAGAUCAUGUGGCUGUUUUUGUGCCUCUAAGAUUGUUAAAGAUAUUUUUUGCUGAAAUGUGUUUGUUGUUUGCUUGAGUUCAAGUAAUAUUAGUUUAAAAUAUUAAAACACUCAUUCAUUCACCCAUGAAUAGUGAAGGCCAACCUUAUGAAAAUCAAACCUGAAAUUGAUAAUAUAAAUAGCUAUUAGUUUAGAACACAAGGUAAAAUAUCUAUGUAUUCUAAAUUGUAGUGACUCACACUGUACUUAAAGGUGCAUUAUGUGUAGGAUAAAGCACGAGACUGCGAUUAUGCUUGGGAAAGAAAAUAACCUGAGAAAAAGAAAAAGCAAGGACUUUAUCUUGCUUAUAAACCAUCUUUGUUUACAUGUAUGUAUUGUAAAAUUAGAAUAUCUCAGAAUUCCAGAAAGAAAAACCUUAUUUCUUGUUUUCUUAUGGAAAAUAAAAACCAACUCUGGAAGAAUAACUUGUAACAUUUUUAAAGAAAAACUUUCAGAAGAAUAAACCCAAAUUCCCUUGUAGGCCUUUAUAUUCAGAGCUGCCCCCGACUUUCAGACCGCAAGUUAUUCCGGGCAUAGAAUAAACGCUACAGAUUAAAGAGAUUUACUUUUAUAGGUUUAUAAGUGCAUGUAAGAUCUAAAUCUGCCUAUUACAGGUUUUUAUUUUGGUUUCAAAUGUUUUAUAAAUUAUCAUUUAGACAUUUAUUUACACAACAGGUCUGUAAUCAACUCUCUAGAACAUCAGAUGGCGCGGAUGUAAACAGAUUAAAAUAUAAUCGCCAUUUAAUGAUUUAAUUUAAAAAUGGAGAAGCAAGGCUUUUUAACAAACGGCAAACAGUGAUAACAUUGAUCAGAAUAAAGAAAUGUGAAUGAAAUUUUCAAUAUAUUAAUUUUGAAUUUUCUGUUUUGGAACUAUUAUAGCAAAAAAGGCCAGCUCUUUAUCUAAAUCUUACAUAGUUUCUGUCUACUGGUGUUGUACAAUUAAACCAACUUUGAUGUUGUACAUGAUACCAUUUUCCUUAAGCAUAUAACAGUGGAAUUUUUAGGUGCUAUUGGAGGCCCGGCCAUUAUUAGUUAAUGGUAAUAUAAAGUUUGUCGGUCAACGCCAUACAUGAAGAUAGAAACAUCCUCUCAAUAAAAACUUAUUUCAGAGUGUUCUCUUUAAAUUUUAUUGACCAAAGAUAAAUCGAAAUAUAAUUACUGUAGGCCAAAACAACUGUGUAUUAUAAUAAUAUCCAGUGUGAUUAAAAUACAGAUCUGUAUUUCGUUUCUUUUUUUUAUACUUUCGAUGACCGCUACAACAUAAAGAGCUGACCGGUUGUAGUGGAAAGUCGCAUCAGGGGUCAUACGGGCGGCUUUUGACCCUAUGACAUCAGACAUUUGAUUAACCAAUCAGCAUUGAUGUUUCUAGUGGGUUGCCCACAGUUCGGUGCCAAAAACUUGUUGUAACAAACCGUUUCAUUGAUUAAUCUCUCACAUCAUCCUGAACGCGGGUUAUAUAACAACGAAAUUUUGAACUAUAAAAAAAACGAAAUGAAAUAGGAUCUGUGUUUUAAUCAGAUUGAAUAAUAUCUAUUAAUAAAUAUAACAAGUUUCAGUUCAAGAUCUUUGAUAAAGUAAUUUCAUAGGAUUGUAAAUAUAUUAGCUUUAAUGUAUAUAUAUUGGACAUAUAUUCCCUAUUACUAUUUGUAGAGAUUUGACACAAAUACUUUUUUUACAUUUUUUUCGUUGGUGUUUAUGUGUACUAUAUCAAUUUUCAUGAAAUAAUUACAGUUUAUUUUUAAAGGAGAUGGUCUACCUAUUUAUGUAAUGUAUAUAACAAUAAUAGUGUCUAAUGCAGCUUCUUUGUUUUAACUGUUUAAAUUAAUAUCUUAACACUUUUCAUACCUUAUUUUUGUUAAAUUUAAAUAAGGAAAUAUAUUUUUAGACUUCCAGCGGAUUGUUGCUUUAAAGUUUAACGAUAGUAUUGUUGUUCUCUAUCUCUGUCUUAACUAUUGAUAAAUAAUGGUAAAUAAUGACUACCAAUUUUCUUGAAGCACAAAAUGCAUUUAGCAUUUAUCAACUACUGGACACUAUAAUGAAAGAUGGUGGCAUUCAUAACUUUAUGAAUCACCAACAUUAAUUAAAUAGCGUUAAUAUUGGAGCACCUAGAAUUCUGUUUUAAGGUUGAUUCAAGUUAUUCGGUCUGUCUAUUGUUAAAAUAGAAACGGAUGGACCGUCUCCUCUAGUGAAUAUAUCUGUACCAGUUUGUACAAGUAAUCAUUAAAUCGUCAUUGUUUCAUGUUUUUUCUUCCAUUGUUAUUGAUAUUACUGAAUAUUAAUAAUAUGUGUAAUACAAAGCUUAUCUACUUAUAAAUGUACAUGUAUCUUCAUUUUUAUGAUAAAUGUAUCAAUAUUCUGGAGACCCGGGAUUGUGUGCAUAUAACAUUAGUUUGGCUAAAAGUUUUGUGGUCUAACUUCUCUUUUCUAAACAUAAUUAAAAUCAGCAUAUUGUUUUAUAUUGAAACGAACAUUGAAAGUCAAAAAUUGAAAUCUAUCAUCAUUUUAGUCACAUUACUAACUUGAUAAAUGAAAGUUCUAUCUUUCUGUGCAUGAUACAUGUAACUAGACAGCCAAGAAGAGCAAGAGAGGAAAGAAAAGGUAUUUAAACCGAACUAGACCAGCAUAAAUCUCAGAAUACUUCUGAAAAAUGAGAUUUUAAUGGUCUGUCUACUACACCAUGUUAGAAAAAAUAUCUUUUGAUAGCACAUAUUUACUAAUUUUGUAAUCUCUAAUACCAUUUGAUGGGCAUUUGUUUUAUUCAGGUUUGAAUAUGUUUUUUGUUUAUUUUUACCUUUUUACACAUACAAUUAUUGAAUCAUGAAAACUUAAAAACAUAAAUAAGCUAUAAUUGUACAUUUUACAGAAAUAAAUAUUAUUUUAAAAUGCAUUAAUUAAAUCUGGGAGUAGAUUAAAUAGACACCAGCAUUUUAAUCAUAUUCAUUUGACUGCUGCUAUUAUGUAUUGCACAUCGUAAAUUGAAAUGUAGGACUAGUUCACUUCAUUUAUGCAAUGUCUUUACUUUUGUUAAUAUUCAUUCAGUUAAUGUUACAUAUUUGAUAUAAAUGAAAAAACCCAAUAAAAUAGUGCAUUUAUCCAGAUUUUUCAUUUUUGUGGGACAAAAGAAACAUUAUCUUGACUCGAAGAGUAGAAAAUCAUAUAGACAUUUAACGUUAUUUCACAGAAUCAAAACUUUAAUACAUGUACUGAAAAUUUACA